UGAUGUGUAGUCUAUCUAUGUUGCAAAAACAUAAUAUAAAAAAUAAAACAUUGCGUACUGAGGUUCACACAUACAUCACACACAAAUAAAAAGUGUUAUAGUGUUAAAGGCCUACCACUCUCCUAUUCAACCUAUGACCUUAUUUCCAAAUGUGAGACAUUUCCGGAAACUAACAUGUGGUUUUCUCAAGCUACAAGAAGACAACUGUUCAAACUCGAUUUAACCUUCAAGAUGUUUGACAUGCACAAGAGCAUAGCUUGGUUCGCCUUAUGCAAUUUAUGUGCAUCUUUAAACGACCAGUCCCAUUGCCAGGAUUCCUGUGACACUGUGAUGAUCAGUGCCUCCCUGCGGUCCUCUAUCCUCCUACCCUGCCAUGCUCCCUUCCUCGGUAGAACUGACUGGAUGCUGUGGGUCCAAAACACUGGAGCACCUCUUGUUAAUCUGUCGUCUCAAGGGAAGGUUUGGUUCUUGGAGCCCAGGGAAGGUCGGGUGAAAACCUUCCCCAACGAGGGCUCCAGGGGGAACUACACCAUCCGUAUCGACGGCCUUCAAGAGUCAGACCUGGGAUGCUACCAGUGUGGACCAGCUGAUGCAUGUCACCAAGUGGUAGUUCAAAAUGAGGAAGUUGAUCUGUGGCUUCCUCUGUGCAUCACCGCUGGCGUGACCACAGUCAUCCUGUUUGUAUGUUUCUGCUGUUACAAAGCAUUCUCAAGGUGUAAAGGGUGUUCCCUGUCACAGAGAGGGACCCGUAAGAGACAAGAAAACGAUGAGCAGGAGCCUGCAGACAUUGGUCUAUCUGAGGACGAGCGCCUGGCCAGAAAUCAGGAUCAAGGUCCCCCAGAAACCAUCCAUGAUUAUGAGGAACAGAGUGAAAGUGUCGCCCCCUGUAGGCCAGUCAGAGGACACCCGCAGUUCGAACGUACCAGGAGUACCGAGAGAAAGCAUGCCCUGCUAAACCGAGGUUUCCGAGGACGUCUUGCGGUUUAUAUUUGUGGCAAAUCCAUAUUUUAACAAGCAUCUCAAUGCCAGCCUAAAUCUUACAAGCUGACCUCCAUUUUCGUGGAGCGAACUUGGUCUGGCUGUGUCAGGCUGUAUACCCGUCUAAUACAUUUUCUUCAUUUUCAGAAAUAUUCAGCAGACUACGAAAUGCAAGUCGUCAUUUUUACGUAAAUCAAGAUGAGAUAAUCCAGCAAAGGAGUUCCGCUCAAAAAGAAAGAAGACCCAGAGCAGGUCUUCGGGGAAAGAAAGCUAAACAGAGAUAUGAAAACCCAAUUUACAACAGCAGCAGCCCCAGCCAAGUCAAUCAUCUUUAGAAAAAACGAAUUUCAAUGUCUGCUAUUAUUGGCUUUUUUAUUUUGAAUUGAAAAUGAUGAAUAACUAACAAUUAAUGAUAGUCGUUUUAUGGUAUUAUUAAUUGUAAGUAUUUGAUAUUUAUUUAUGUCUCUUGAUUCUUAUAAAGUUUGAAACUCUCCUUUCAUUGUCCAGGAAUGUGAUUGUAUUGCGUGAUCCCAUGAUGCAUUUUUUUCCACCAGGCCCUACCCGACUGAGCUCAUUUCUAAACAUUAUUAUAAUCAACAUAAUACCUAAACUCAAACUUCCCUGACAUGUAUUUUAAUUUCAUUACUUUUAUGUUAUACCUUUGAUUGAAAUUGUCUUUGUCAAAUUGAUCAAUAAAGGACAAAAGAGAAUACCAUCCUGUGUUGGCUUUAGGAUAAUUAGAGUAAAUGAGAAACAUCUGGUGGUUUAGACCAAUCUACUGACCUAAUUUAACAUUAUGACCUGUACUCACAAUAAUACUCUGUGCAGAUUAAUCCAAUUCUCCCUGUUGUAUUUACUUUAUAUAUGCAAAGUAUGUUGUUCCUCAAAACCAUUCCAAAUGGGGGAUUAUUCUGGAAAAAACAACACUUUACUUUGCCAGAAAGACUUCAUGUCUUUUUUUAUAUCAAAACAGCAGGUCGAACGUCUCCCCUUUGCAAUUUAUGUUCAAGAUGAACAAGGCAGGAGUUAUGAAGCCAUGGCCAUUGCUCAUCAAUGCCACUACUUAUUCCAAGAAACGGAUAACUUUGUCAUCCUUACAGUUUCUUACCAUGGCUGUUUUGUGACAAGACAAAAACAUUUCAGAACUUUGAAUGUUCUCAUUAUACAAUUUGCAAACAAUGGCAGGAUUCAUAUAGGGAGGCCAACCCUUGUGAGAUGCAUCACUGAACAGAAAGAGGAAAUAACAGAACACAAAGCGCUUCCAAAGUCCCCACAAUUAACCAAGCCCUGUGACAAAAAUGGAUUCAACAUCGUUAUUCACAAGAAUGCCACAGUGAUCCCUUUGAAUCUGGACACCAUCCGGAUCCCCUCGAACCGGAGCGUUAAGUGUAAACCCAAAACUAGAUCCAUCAACUCUGUCACUUUCAGCUUUCCCUUCACUGAAUGUGGUACCCAGUCUGUGGAGAUGAACAACAGCAUUAUCUAUUGGAUCAACAUUGGUGCAAGAAGAGUCCUUCACCGCUCUACAAUAAGAACAGUUCCCUUUCGACAGACGGUGAUGUGCAGCUUUGCCUUGCCGAGCAUGUCUCUGCUGGACGUGACGAUCUUGGACCAGAAGCCAGAGCAUCAAUCAGCACUCAAGAGUGAUGGAACCAUCACGGCAGAGCUGAGGUUUGCUAAAGAUUCUUCCUACAGGUCCUUCAUCACGUCACGCAGCCCACCAAAAGCCAUUCAACUGGGACAGCCUGUUUACGUCGAGGUGCAUCUUCUCAAAUGUGAGGACGGAGCGCUGGAGCUGCUGCUUGAGGACUGCUGGGCCACGCCCACUCCCGACCCGGACCACACCCUGAGAUGGAACCUGCUCGUUAAGCGGUGUCCUUUUGGCGGGUAUAGCCAUGAAGGGACUCUUUUGUUGCCGGUUAAGUCGAGCAAGGAGGUGAGGUAUCCAUCACUUCGAAAGCGCUUUGUCACCAAGCUCUUCUCGUUUGUGAAUGUGCCCACAGGGUGGAAAAGACUGGUGUAUUUCCACUGCAAUAUAGAGAUAUGCAAAGGACAAGAUUGCACACAAUGUGACAAUAAAAGAGUACUACAAACAAGACAGGCAAGAAGUCAGAGAAUCCUGCCUGAUAUAGUCUCGGCUGGACCCCUUAUCCUUCUACUAAAUAAAUGACCUGCUGUGUGUUCAACAUGGACCUAUCAAAGAAGGUUUACAACUGUUCAUCUGACCAAUAAACAUGGAAGGCUGCUGACGGAAACUAUGGGUCACGUGUUCAUGUUUCAGCCAAUACCAGCGCCAUGUCAAAUGUUUUGCGGAAGUUACUUUUCAAGUAGGCAUUUUCGAAACGAUAACCAAGGUAGGAUUUUUUAGAGCCAAGUUAAAGUAAUGCCUUAAUGUUUACCAUCACGUGAUAAGUUAGAUAAUUCUAUAUUAUUUGUUACUUUUAUUUUGGCGAAAAGAGGAAACCUUUUAUACAUUUUCGCAUCAUGUCAAAGCCAAAUAAGCAUGAAAGUAAGCAUGAAAGUAAGCGUGGAAGUAAGCGUGAAAGUAAACGUUGUGUUGAAGCGCAGUGCCUGCCCAUCCUUCAACACAAAGCCACACUUACAAAGCUGGUGAAGGACAACGUGUUCCUUGUUGUGACUGGUGAAACCGGCAGCGGGAAAACCACACAACUUCCUCAGUAUUUGUAUGAAGCAGGUCUAUGGAAGGGGGGUAUAAUAGGGAUCACCCAGCCGCGGCGGGUGGCGGCUAUCACAGUCGCUCAGAGGGUCUCUCAAGAGAUGCACUUCACCUUGGGCAAAGAAGUGGGCUAUCAAGUGCGCUUUGAUGACUGCACAUCCCAGGCUACGGUGGUGAAGUAUAUGACAGACGGCUGCUUGUUAAGAGAGAUCCUGGCAGAUCCUGGCCUUUCCCAAUACAGUGUUGUGAUUUUGGACGAGGCCCACGAGCGGAGUCUCAACACUGACAUUCUUUUAGGUUUGUUAAAGAAAACCCUCCUUCAGGCUGAUAAAGGCUCCAAGGACGGCUCAGUCCGGCUGCGCGUUGUGGUGAUGUCUGCCACGUUGGAGACGGAUAAGCUCUCCACCUUCCUCGGCCACUGCCCCGUGUUCACCAUCCCUGGAAGGACCUUCCCUGUGACCAGCCGGUUUGGUAACGCCAUAGGCCCCAAAGAAGUCGACAGCUCCAGAUACGUGAACGAGGUGGUGAGAGUAGCCCUCGAUGUGCACGUCAGUGAGGUGGCAGGGGACAUUCUGGUUUUCUUGACGGGUCAAUCCGAAAUUGAAAAGGCCUGCGACAUGUUGUACGAGAAGGCAGAAAGUAUAGACUACCGUUAUGAUGUUCAGGACCAAACAGUGGAGGGACUUCUGAUCCUGCCUCUAUAUGGAUCCAUGCCCACUGAUCAACAAAGGCAGAUCUUUCAAGCACCCCCUUCUGGAAUAAGGAAGUGUGUGGUGGCCACCAACAUCGCAGCAACAUCUCUAACCAUCAAUGGAAUAAAGUACAUUGUCGACAGUGGGUUUGUGAAACAGCUCAACCAUAACUCGAGGGUAGGCAUGGACAUACUGGAGGUGGUGCCUAUUUCCAAGAGUGAGGCCCAACAGAGAGCAGGCCGUGCUGGAAGAACUUCGGCUGGGAAGUGCUUCCGCAUCUACAGCAAUGAAUUCUGGGAGAAGUGCAUGCUUGACUACACGGUGCCAGAAAUCCAGAGGGCGAGCCUCACCAGCGUCGUCCUCACGCUGAAGUGCCUCGGGGUUCACGACGUUAUCAGGUUCCCUUACCUGGAUCAUCCAGAAGAGCGGUUGCUAUUGGAAGCCCUCAAGCAGCUCUACCAGUUUGAUGCUAUUGACAGGAGAGGCCAGGUGACCCAGCUGGGUAGACUGAUAAUGGAGUUCCCCCUGCAUCCGGGCCUAACCAGGGCUCUGCUGAAGGCUGCAGCCUAUGGAUGUGAAGACAUUCUCCUCCCCUUGGCCGCCAUGCUUUCGGUGGAGAACAUCUUCAUCAGACCAGGGCAUCCAGAGAAGCAAAAGGAAGCAGAUAAGAAGCAAAGAAAUAUGGCUGCCCAGUCGGGCGGUAUGAAUGACUUUGCCACCCUACUGAGUGUAUUUCAGUGGUGUAAAGCCAGCGAUUCUCCGUCAGCAUGGUGUAAAGAGAACUGGAUCCACUGGAGGGCGCUAAAGUCAGCUUUCAGCAUAGAGACUCAGCUGCGGGAAAUUCUGCUCCGGCUACAACAGAAGAAAGAUUUCCCUGUGGAAACGUUUACUGGCAACAAAAGUGAACUGUUCCGAAGAUGCCUCUGCACUGGAUACUUCACCAAUGUUGCUAGGAGGUCUAUUGGAAAGAUAUUUUCCACAAUGGAUGGUCAUGGAACCGCAGUUCAUGUUCAUCCGUCAUCUUCGUUAUUUGACCAGGAGGCGGAGCUGGACUGGGUCAUCUUUCAUGACAUGAUGGUCACCUCCCGGGUGUACCUCAGGACAGUGUGUCCGAUCCGCUACGAUUGGGUGAAGGACCUGCUGCCUAAGCUUCAUGAGGUUGAUGCCUAUGAGCUGAGCAACAUAGCAAGGGAAGAGGUCAAUGAGGAGGAGCUGGCCAAAUUGGAAUCGAAGGAGGCAAAGAGACAAAAAGAGGGAUUGGAUGAAGACACGGCAAAGAAACUGGAGAAGCGAAACGACGAGACAUCAGUCGGAGACGCCCGCGCUCGCUACCUGCAGAGAAAGUUAGAACGACAACAUAAAGUGUGACGUAACA